AAAGCUGCUGCACAUUCCCCUGUCUGCCGUGCAGCUCCGCAGUCUUUCUCUCCCCCCUCCCCUCCUGUCCACUCCAUUAACACAUUUAACAAAGCAACAAACCCUCUCAUCCCGCUAUGUCGGCCGCCAGCACCGAACCCAGUGCCCCUCUGCCCACCGCAGGCAGCCGCGUCUUCUUCCAAGGUGCGCCCGGUGUGGGCUGCGUGAGCUCCGGCCCCAUCAACGGCGAGGACCCUGUCCAGAAGAAGCAGGGGAAAGUGACGGUCAAGUACGACAGGAAGGAGCUGCGGAAGAGACUCGUGCUGGAAGAAUGGAUCAUCGAGGAGCUCAGCAAGUUGUAUGACUGUGAGGAGGACGAGAUGCCAGAGGUAGAGAUUGACAUUGAUGACUUGUUGGAGGUCAACAGUGAUGAUGAGAGAGCCAGCAAACUACAGGAAUCGUUAACAGACUGCUUCAAACCCACAGAGAACUUUGUCAGUGAGUUGCUGUGCAGGAUAAGGGGGAUGAGGAAACUCAGCGCUCCAACCAAGAAGGGCCUAUAAUGGCUUACUUGUCCAGUAUCUACCAACCAUAAACUAUGUCACUACAGCUUCACCUACUUUACUCACCCAACAUAAAGUGUCGUAAUACAGAAUUGUUUAUCAAACCUCUAGGAAACACCCCGUAAUCUGCCAACAUUCACCACAAUAUCCAUAAUCUGGCACCCGUCAUUCAUUUUAAAGCACAGAGGAUUACAAGUCAUGAUAACAUAACUGUUGACAGUUACUUACGCAAAAAAAAAAAGAACGAAAAAACAGUGUGUGUUUUGAGCGAAGGAUAAAAUGUCAAGACCAGGAAUGUUCCUGGACUGUGAGUAUAUUUAUAACAAAAAUAUCACCACCUAAAUCUACAUGUUCAGUUCACACAUUUUUAAGACCAACCUUCCAAAGAAUAAAAAAAACAACCUUCAAAACAAAACAAGGACAAAAUUAAUCAAGGGAGGUGGUAAAAAAAAUAUUUACUAUAGGUGCACAAUCAGCUGAAGCUCCAUAAAAACACAAUUCUUCAUUAUAAGUUUUUUCUUCUUUUACUGGAGUGUCUGUUGUUACGUCAAAAAAAGUGGUUAUUUAUUGUUCUUGAGUCAAAAGUUGUUUUCAGCUGUUUUUUCUCGUCAGUUUUUUGUCCACAUCAUGUCAGUGCUAUCACAUGUGAAGGAGAGCUGUUCUUUUGAUUUUUAAGCGCAUUAUAAUUAUACAUUACGAAUCUAUUCACUCUUUUGUUUUAUGUAAAACCUCUUAAUGGAGUGGCGAUAUAUUUAACGAAACAUUACCAAUAUUUUUGCUAGUUAUUUAAUGUUGUACUUUUCAUCUCAGCAAGGCAUGAUGGGUGUUGCAGUUCUCUGUUCGAGACUACAAAAACCUGUAUGAUUGGCAGCCUUUCAUCGAUCGUGUUCUUUGUGCUCCGUCUGCGGGCUGAUGUGACCAUUUAUGCUCCAACAUUGAAGGUUAUUCUCAUUGGCUUCAUUUACCUCUGCUAACAUGAAUUUUCUGAUAAUGGACAAUGUUGCCUUUAAGGACAUUCAGGAUGAGUUCCAAUUUUGUCAGCAGCAAGCCUCAGCUACCGACAGCUGAAGAGUAAAUGUCGUGAGGUCAAACUCUGAAGCAGUAGAUUGGUUGUAAAGAGUUCACACUAUCGAAAUGUUAAAAGUGACUACAAUUUUUGGGUUUAAACCCCCCCGCCCCCCAAAAAAACAAUAAUGUGGUUGCACAUCCACAAGGUAAUGCUUUGUCGCAACUCCUUUGGAUUUUAUUAUCACACCACCCUCAUGCAUCAAGACCUGGCAAAGUUUGCAGACUGCAAUUCAAAAUUGUGAAAUUGUAUUUUGUGUUCUUGUGAUUGACUCUUUUUGACAUUGAGAUCCUUCUGAUGAUUUAAAAGCUCUACGCAAACCAUGGCUUUCUCUCUGACAUGGAAAAACCCACUACAGUUGUGGAAUUGUAUUUAGUGUUAAUCAGAGCCACUUUGAUUAACACCACAAUUUUCCCACAAUACUAAAGUUGUAAAUUUUUAUUGAGAUGCUUAAAGGUCAUAUUAAAAGUGGAAAAGUUUAAGCAUCCCAAAAAAUUUCCCAUUCAAACAAAGGCGUUGUAACUUUUUAGAUCCAUUUGAAAGGCAACACUCCAAUAAGCCAUGUUCUGUAAUUGAGGGUGUGCCAAACGUAUCACAUCCAAAACAUCAUAUGUCACGAAUCAUAAAUCUCACACUGAAUUUUAAACCAGACUGUUUUUUAGGUUAUAACUAAGUCAAUACAAACUUUAAGGCGUUUAAACCUUUGCAUUUUGCAGAGAAUGUUGCAACUGCAUAUUACCGGGUUUAAAAGAAUGGGUGAAGGUAUCAAUUAAUGAUGGUGGCCUUUUAUUACACCAACAACACCAACAAACCUGUAGACUCUGAUACAAUCAUGCUUUAUGGCUUUGGGCUCAGUAAUUUGCAAAGUAGUUGUACCAGUUAGAUCAGGGCAGGCUUACACCUGCCACUGGAUCCAUCAACUUCUAAAGAAAAAAGCAGAACAAUGUUGGAUUAAAGCAUAAGAGAGACACCCAAAUGCAUGCUAAAUCAGAGAUUCAUAGAGAGUAUAAUAUAACCUUAUAUUUAAGCAAAAAAAAGCAUCUUUUUUUGACUUGCCUAAGAUGUAUGACUUUGUAGAUCAAUUACUGUGGAGUCAACGUGAGUGUCACGUUGGAAAGAAUCCAGGAAAAAUUUAAAUGGUGCUGAUUUUGAUGUUCUUCCCAGAAUUUAGUUGUGUAUAAAAAAAAAGCGUUUUCACUGAUGAAUGAUGCCAGAGAAAUGUGUUUGAAAGAAACAUGUCUGUUUGAAAACUGGAUUUUAUCUUUUCUUUUUUUUUUUUUCUCAGUGGGUACUUGCCCAGUUAAGGCUAUAACAUGUAACAAAGAUCGUAUGUUUGCCAGAUGAAGCCAUUAAUGGAAAUUGGGAUGCAUUUUGGGUUUUUGUUGAGGUUAUUUAAACUAUUUUCUCUCAAGGAUCAGUUCAGGGACAAGAGGCUGAUAUUUUCUAAGUUAUUGGAUUUCAUGUGGAGAGUGUUUUGAAAGUGACUGUUUUAGAAAGCUUUACAUUUGCAUGAAUUUUUAAAGUAGCAUGUUGAGGUGAAAUAUUUUUUGCCCAAAGUUGUGUUUUUUUAUUAUUAUUAUUUGAUAAAUUAAAAACUUUCCUUUUUAUACAUUUACAAUGAUUAAUGCUGUUGCUUUUAUCACUGAUGCUAGGAAUAACCUAUUCAGGUUUUAAGCUGAACUUUUAUUUCGUACAUCCACAAUGAGUAUUCCUGUUUAUAAAAUGUAAUGUGGUGUGUGGUUUGUUUUUUGCUGAUAAUAAAAAUAAAUUUAA